CAGGGUCAGUAUAGGUUGGUGAAUGGUGACCGAACAGCACAGCAACAUGAAUAGAAUUUUUUGCUUGGCGUUUCUGGUUGCCCUUGUGGGUGCCCAACAAUAUGGUGGUGACCCCAGGACAGCCGCCAUCCUGAGCGAGCAACGUUAUCAGAGCAAUGAUGGUUCCUUUGGUGCCCAGUACAAACAAGAGGAUGGAGUCCAGUUCAAAGAAGAGAGUCUUCCAGACGGAAGCCGGAAAGGCACAUACUCCUAUGUAGACCCUUCGGGACAAACAAGAACGAUCUCCUACACCGCUGGAAAGCACGGUUUCAUCGCUUCAGGAGACGGAGUUCCCCAACCCAUACCGACUGUACUGCCCGUAGCUCCCCAACCGCAAUACAAGCCGCUGCCGCAAUACAACCCCCCAGAUUACAGGCCGCCCCAGGACGAGUACAACCCCCCACCACAACAAUACAACCCACCACCACAACAAUAUAACUCACGUCCCCAACAGUACAACCCCCGUCCACAAGAAUACAAUCCGCCACCUCCCCAGUACAACCCUCGUCCCCAGCAAUUUGAACCGGCUCCACAACCCCAAUACAAUCCUCCUCCCCAGUACGAACCAACAACACCUGCCCCCCACAGGUUCUAUCCCCCUGGUAAACUUUCUUUGAAUAGGUCGCCUGACGGUUACAGUUACAAUUUCCAAAGUAACGUAUAAUAAUACGUUAUUGUUGCUAGGUCAAUAUGUAAUUUUUGUACUUUUAAUGCAUUUUCUUACUUAAUAAAUAGUUAUUUAAUUAUUUUUAUUA